AGCUUCGUACGUUAACUGAAAUUAUUAAAUUUUGCAAAAGACCGAAACACGUAAUCUUAUCUCAGUCUGAGAACAUUGGACGUUGAGUCAAAGUCAUUUACUUUACGAUGCGCCUUCAAGUACCUUGUACUUCUAACAAGUCUUCUUUAUUUUCUGAUUAUUCUAUAGAAGAAGCGCUACGCGUUUGGAUGAAACGAUGAAAGCGCAAUGUAAUCUAUUGGUUUUAUCCGGAGUUUUUGAUUAAAUAGCACCACUUUACGGAAGUCUCCCAUCCACCAGGAACAACACUCUGUCAUCGCGUGUUGUUGUUCAUAGUAUUCCAAAGUUACGGAUACAACUGAUGGCGGACUACUGCAGCACCCAGAAUGGAGGAUCUUCCACAAAUUCCUGUGGUGGGCAUCGACGUGGGCGAGAGCACCUGCUGCAUGGCCACAAUUGUUAACGGCCACCCGCACGUCAUCCCCAACGAACACGGCGACUACGUGACACCCAGCGUCGUCCUCUUCGACAGCGACACCACCACCGUCGGGAAGCCGGCACUGUCUAGCGCCUUCCACGACCCCGCCAGCACCGUCUACGGCAUGAAACACUGCAUCGGCCGCGCGCUCGAGCAUCCCCGCGUCAAAGAGCUACUGGACCGUGGUCCAUGGUCGAUCAUCUACAGCGAUGGAUACCCGCAGAUUGAAAUCUUUAACGAGGAGACGGAUGACGACGCCUUCCAUAUCCAUCACGGCAGCUACACCCCGCAACAGGUGGUUACCAUAAUCCUGGAGCACCUCCGAAAGUCUGCGGAGACGCAUUUUAACGUGGAUGCAACCGGUCCUAGGAUUAAAGCGGUUUUAAGUGUUCCGGCACAUUUUGGGGUGCGGGAGAGGCGCGCGACGAUGGAAGCCGGGUUCGCCGCCGGGUUUGACGUUCUCGGUUUAAUCAACGCGCCGACCGCCGCGGCGCUGGCUUAUGGUUUCCGAAAAAACGAGACCCAGAAAGUCCUGGUUUAUGAUUUUGGAGGCGGUUGUGUCGAGGCGGCCCUGGUCGCCGUAACCGAAGGUCGAGAAUUUAAAAUACUCGGUGCCGAAAGUGCGCUGAUUGGUGGUGAGGACAUUGAUGCCUGCUUAAUCGACCACGUGCUCUCUCAGUUCCAGCGUCAACAUAACUUCGACGAACUGGAAAAUAUAGGGAAGCUAAAGGCACGUUUGCGGCUUAAGGUCAAGGAUGCUAAACAUAGUCUAGUUAACGCGGGAUCCCGUAGCCAUAUCGUAGUACCGAGAUUCUACCGCGAUAAAGACCUCAGUGUCACCUUGACGAAGAACGACCUGGACCGUUUGUGCGGUGUCCUCUUUAUAGCAGCUAUGAAGCCGAUUCAUGAGAUUCUCAGGGACGCCGAUUUUGACGUGGACGUUGUCGUGCUAUGCGGCGGUGGUUCGCGUAUGGGGCGAAUACGGGAGUUGAUCCAGGAGCGUCUUCCCGGUGUUCCGAUCAGCCGAGAUGUUAAUCCGGAAGAAGCAGUGGCUAUUGGAACGGCGUUAUGGGCUAAACAGAUUGCCGAAUUAGCCCUGGAGAUUUCCAUUGAAGACCGACUAAGCAAUACCAUCUAUCUGAAAUCUCCCGAGGGACCGACUCGGACACUAAUUUCCAGGGGCACUGCGCUUCCGGCUUCCGUAACGGAGAUAUUCAUUACCGAGAACCAAGGCAGCACUGUAAUACCGAUAGUCGAGGCCGAGUAUAAUAUUUCCCAGAUUAUACCGCUGGGAACGUGGCGCUUUGUCUGCCCGGCAGCCGAAUUGACGUUCCGCUGCAACAAAUCCGGGGUACUGGAUGUGACUGCCCGGGAUAGCGUUUCGGGACGUGCGGUGGCGGUGAAGCAGUGCGCGAAACUCCAGCGGAGUGAUUCUGAUGAGAGCUUCGAAUAUGUUGACGAUGUCGGUUUAGAACCGUAGAAAUAAUGAAAUUGUUUGCUUUCAUGCAUGCUCGCUUUCUCACUCGUUACCGACUGACUGACGAUUUUUUCAUGCUCGAGUUCAUGCAGUAAAUGCUCUUAACUACAGAGUACUAUAAAAUCCGCUAAUUA